ACCCAAACCUCUCCACAACACCAGCAACUAUCAUCUACGUCGACUCUUUUGCGGUUACCACGCCGUCACCACUACCAUCAGCGCUGCCCAGACAGAGAAAGACGACGGAUAAGAUAAGACAGACUCUGGAUUAUGGAGCGGGGAAGCAGGAGGGCAAAUGUAGAAGGAGAAGAAAGGCGCCGCCUAUCUUUCCUUCAUCCAUGGGCAUCAAGAACCAAUCGGAGAAGACAUAACAAAAUGAAUCAAGGCCCAAUCACUCCAACCCGAGCAACCCAGAAAGAAAUUGUCCCAGCUCUUCAGUUAUCGUCAAGUACGCCCCGUCUCCGUCGAACGCCCCAAACCCAACCCCAUUUGCCGUUUCCCUUCCGCGCCCAUUGAUCCCCAUACAGUUCCAAAAUGCGUCUAUAAGAUUAUUCCCCCAAGCCUCAACUGUCGCGUCAUCGUCGUGCGAGCUAUGUUGUCACAGUCUAUUCAACUCGUUAUG